AUGUCUGGCGCGACAGCGCCGUCGAUUGUCCCCGACUCUAAUCUGCAGAAGCGCGGCUGCGAGCACCGUCUGGCCACCUCCAGUGCGGGUAGUGGCGGCGACAGCCACAGCAGCGACACGGGGCCCCUUCUCAACGCCCAUCCUCGUUGCAAGGCUCUGCUGCUUGGGGUUCGCCGCACUGAGCACAGUGACACACAGCAGGGAUACAGAGCAGGGGAGGAAGAAAGAAGGGGCCCCGACGCUACCGGCAUAGAAGCGGCAGGAGCUUCCGGCGGUCGCCCGUUUCGCGUGCGUCUGACGCAACUUUCUAGCCCAAGGAUGGGUGCGCAGUCGUUGAACCGCUCGAGGAGUGCGUCUUCACCACCGGCUGAGGCUGCCGCACCGUGGUUGGAGGCUGCGGAGAGGCGUGCCCGGAGCAACACGCACUGGGAGCCCUCUGCAGCGCAGCCGCCUGGUGAUUGUCUACAAGGCAGCCAUCAGGAAAGGGAACUCCAUGGCGCCAUGGACGUCACAGAGUACAAAACUACGGGACACAUCGGGUCAAGUGCAACGACGACGACGACGACGAGGCGAAAUCACUUGCUGGAAUCUUUUCUAAUAUUAGAGAACAAGUCGACACAAAGAGCCCAAGAGCAACGGUUGGCUCACGAACGAGAGACACAACUAAGAAGAGAGUACGAAGCUAAGAUAGCUGAGCUUGAGGGCGUCGUCCACGCGAGCCAGCGUGCUGCCUCUGCCGCAGAGGCUGCUCUUGUGCAGAAGGAGGUAGAGCAGCAGACUGCAAGAGCGUCAAUAGCGCAGAGGCUUAAUGCGGAAGCCUCCGCCAACGCUCGGUGCAUGCUUGAAAGGACGUUGAAAACACGUGAAAAGGAACUCGCGGAUACACAGGAAUUGCUGCGAGCAGAGCAAGCGCGUCUAGUGGGGGCUUUACAACGGGAGGAGGUUCUUCGCAGCCAAUUUCUUGUUGCCGAGGAGACCCGCGUGCUUUAUCAACUCUACUUGCAUCGCCUUCUGGAUUUGCUUCGUACGCGGGUAAGAGAAAGAUCUGAUGCCCCUCUAUUCACAGAACCAUUGGUGACAAAUAGAGAUAUCGUGAAGGCAAUGGUAGAGGCCUUGCGUUCAACCGAUGCCGCGACGAAUGAUGAGACGAAUGCCAUGCUUGAGUUCACUCCGGAGGGAGGGCGAGGAAAGGCGGAUGUUGUGCUGCAGUCGCCGCCUAACUUUGCGCGGCAAUUGACGAAUGCCACUUUGCUCAAAAUGUCCAUGUUGGAGUCCACGGUGGCGGAAUGCAUGACACUCUGGAGGCGUGAGGAGAAGCGGCGUCAUGAGCACAGCAAGCAGACUAUUGAAGCUGUUGUUAAUAGUUGCAGGGAGGAGCUCGAAGCAAAACUUGCCCUGGUUUCAAGUUCGGUUGGAAAAACGGAGCGGCGCAUCGGUGAGUUCGAGAAGAUGGCGUCGACUGUCUUUGGGGAAAUUGCGAAAAACGGCCAUGGUAACCAUAACCGCGUGGAUACGCUGCAGCGGGAGGUGAAGCGGGUCAAUCGUGAGUAUGCCCAGUCCCAACGGCUGCUGCAACGGACGCAAGCGGAGCUGAGUAGUCUCAAGGACGAGGUCCGACGCAUGGACGGCGAUCGCGAGGCCGCCCUGCUGAUGCACCGGGCCGCUGAAUUACUUGAGGAGGUUCGACAAAGCGUGCGGGGCGCAGUCCGGUCGGCGGCAAAAGACAUCGAACAUUGCACGUUAGAAUGUAACACCUUGAAAGAGCCGUUUCUGCAGUCGAUGCGUGUCAUAGCAUUGAAGGUGGAGGCGCAUGCAGAGAUUGCACGGACGGCGGCCCGGCGACAUAAAAGCGAGUGCGUGGGAGAUACUAUUGAAACCGUAAUGCGACGAUCAUAUUCUGUGGGUGAAGAGGAGGUGCAUCGCUUCCUCCUCAGCGCACCACAUCGCGGUUCUCGAAGCCGAGAUUGGCAUGCCACACAACUCAUGAGGGAGGAUGCGGAUGGGGAAUCGAAGAAUCUCCUCAUAUUGGAGGGUUUGAGCCGUGUGAUGGGAAAUUUCUGUCAACUUCUCGAGAACAACGCGCGACAAAUGGAUAAGAACGCGGUGAAACUAGCGCAAGCCCUCGCUGGUUGGGAGGACUCCAUUGUCGGUAAGAUGAACGAAAUUUGGGGUUUUAUGCGCGGAAUGCUCGUUGCGGGCGGUAUGCCGUCACGGCCAACGCCAGCACUAGCCGCCCAUGACGAGGGACAGGGGCAGGAGUGGUGCAACGAGGCACGGCUGGCACUUGGUGACACGAACACGAACGGUAGUGGAAGGGCGCUGAUUCAUCAAACGCAGUCAGUAUUUUCAUCCGCGGCUGGUGGGGUAAAAUCGUCCUUUGCGGGUAGUAUCUCCACAUCUGGCAGUUGUGCGCCUUCCGCAGUCUUUGCGCCAUCCACCAUCAAUUCAGCAGAAGCCAGUCGGGCUGCAAGUACAACACUCACGCCGUCGUCGCGGCGCGCUCCGCUUGCUCCGCUGCAUGAAGUAGAACAGACACCUGACUUGCGUACCCGUCGCGGCAUAGGGCAGACUUCGCCGCCAUCAAUAGCCGUGUCACGAACACCGACACCGACCCCACCACCACCACCGUCGUCGUCGCAAGUGACAAACACGGUCCCACCGUCACAGCGGCCAACACAACAGCAGAAAAGCCAGCUGCGCCAGCAGCGGAAACUUUUUGCAGAGUCUCCGCACAAUUCGCCCCUGUCCAGCAAUGUCUCUGGACACACGCUGCGGAUACAUUACACGAGGGAGCUGGGCGAAGUUGAAAAUAAUGAGUCGCGGUUGGUGUCUGGUGCCGUUCUUUCUCGACGUGCGGCGGCACCGUUGUAG